AUGGCUGACGGUGCACGGCCAGCCUUCAAGCCGCAGCGCGCCCGAGCCUCGCUCGGCGCGCUCCCCUCGACCUCGCGCGCCCUCCUGUCCCACAUCAACAAGGAGAAUCCCUCAACUUCGCGCCCCGACUCGACCACGCCCGCCCCUGGGUCCGACGCGCCCGCGCCACCGCCCUCUACUGCCACCGGCCGCAGCAAGAAACGCGCGCAGAGCCUCGGCGGCGACGCGCUCGAGGUCGCCCGCAAGCGCCUCCAGCUCGGCGAGCCUCCUCGCCUCGAGAUGAGCCCGGGCAAGCUCGAGCGUCGGCAAAGGGCACCGCGUCGCUCCAUCCUCAAGCAGACGCCCGCCAAGUUCGACGAGAUCAACCACACGUUCUCGUUCUCGACCUCGGCAAGCGGUCGCAUCAACGACUGGGAGAAGGCGCACGCCCAGACGACCGACCUCUCGGCCCUGAGCGCCUUCACCUCGGCCGCCGCCCCUUCGUCCUCCGGUCCCGCCCAAACCUCGACACAGCGCCGCCGCUCGUCGCUCAAGCCUCGCGUGUCGGCCGCCUCGGGCAACUACGACGACAGCGAUUCGCGCGGGAGCGACAUGGACGAGGAGGACGAGGUCACCGACGACGACGACGACCCGAACGGCAGCCUCGACAUGGACGUCACGCGGUUCGAGAACGACACGGCCCUGUACGACUUUGACGGGAGGCGCAAGAGCGUCGCUCACUCGCGCAGGGUCAGCUUCGCUCCGUCGGCCGCCAUUCGCACGUUCACACCCGACAAGCCGACAGCCGAGGCCCAAGCCUACGAGGCCGAGCGUCGUCGGCUCGAGGCCGAGGCGGCCGAGGCCGCAUCCGCCGCCGGCGAGACGUCGCUCGCCACCUACUCGUCCGACGACGACGACCACCUCGCCGCCGACAACGCCGACGACGACACGGGCGCCUACGAGUCGGAGCCGUCGAUGGAGAUCGCCGGCGACGAGGUGACGCUCGCGUUCCGCGGCCACUUUGCCGGGACCCAGAUCCCGGCCUCGGCGCUCCAGGAGGACGACGACGAGCACGGCGACGAGGGCAGCAGCCUCGAGCGCAGCGUCGACGACGACGACAACGGCACGAUGGCCAUGGACGAGGUGACGGGCGGCAUCACGAGCGCGUUCGCGGCGCACUUUGCGCACCCGGCGGCGGUCUCGUCGUCGCAGGAGGCCGGCGAGGGCGGCUUUGACGCCUCGGCCGUCCACGCGCGUGCUCAAGCCGAGACGACGCCGGUCUUCCCGCUCUUCGGCGCUCGCACGCCGUCGGCCGGUCCGUCGUCGUCGUCGUCGUCGGCCGCCAUCACGGCCGCCGGCAUCGCCCAGGCGUACAAGCGCGCCGGCCCACGCCCGUCCGAGCUCGCGCGCCAGGAGGACGAGGACGACGAGGCCGUCAUGCGCGAGCUCGGCUUUGCGCGAGGCGGUCGGCCUCGCAAGAGCCGCGCCGCGUCGACCAUCGUCGAGGAGGCCGAGGACGAUGAGGACGAGAGCGAGGGCGAGGUCGACAUGGAGGACGCGACGGGCGCGAUGGACAUGACGACGGCGAUCGGCGGCAUCGUCCAGGCGUCGUCGUCGCAGGAGCGUGCGGCCGAGAUGGACGAGGACGAGGACGAGGAUAUGGACUCGGACGCCGAGGUGUCGUUCCAGCUCAUCUCGGGCGAGCGCACCGUCGACAUGACGUUCGCGACGGACGGCGAGGGCGCCGACAAGGACGACGAGCCGGUCGAGCAAGAGCAGGACGCCGCGACGACCACCGACGCGACGACCGACGCCGCCCUCCUCCCUCGGUCGCAGCCUACCGCUCCUGCGCCCACGUUCAGCUUCGCAACCACCUUGACCUCGUCCACCAUCCGCCAGUCGCUCGGGCCCUCCCUCACCGCCCCGCCGCACCUGUUUGAGCGCGCCGGGUCGGCCCCGCCCUUCCAGGCCCAGUCGCCACACAAGUCCGCCGCCGACCGCGCCGCAGCGUACGUCUCGCCCGUGCGCCCGACUGCGUCGUCGUCGUCGUCCAUCGGCGCGGCCCGCCCGGGCCUCACCCGCGCCCUGUCGGUCCCGCUCGAGGCGGCCGGCGGCGCACGGACCCCGACGCGCUCGCCUUUCCUCGGCGGCCGCGGCAGCGGGCGCUUCUCGACGAGCCCUGCGCCACCCGGCGGCGCCCGCUCGUCGCCGUUCCGCUCGCCGAGGCGCGUCCCGUUCGACUCGCCGCGCGCCGGCACGUCGAGCCUUCCUGCCGCGAUGCUCGGCGCCACGCCCAAGAGCCCGGGUCGCGCUCGUCGUGAGCCGUCGCCCGCUAAGGACGCGUCGGCGUCGGCGACCGCCGAGGUCGAAAAGGCGGGCGCCACGCCGGCGGCCGCCACCGCGCCGCUCAACGGGCUCGACCUCAAGGAGCAGCAGCCGCCUGCGAGCCCGGGCAUCACGAUGCGCUCGCGCUCGCGCUCUCGGUCGCGCUCGAUGUCGCCCGUCAAGCAGGCGCAGGCGCCGACGACGCCCGGCCGCGUCGUCUUCCAGCCGCGCUCGGUCGCGCCGCCGCUGUCGGUCGGGCGCUCGCCCGGCGGCAGCCUGUCGCUGCGGGCGCUCCUCGGCAAGGGCGGCGCAAAGGACGAGGCGGGCGGCGUCGGCGACAAGCGCGUCGCAGAGCUCAAGGGCGGCGCAGACGGCGACGAGCUCAACCUCACCGGGACCUCGUUCGACGGCAGCUUCUCGCACGACAACGACUCGCCCGCUUUGCCAGCUUCCCUCGACGCCUUCUUCACCGCCACCGGCACCUCGUUCGUCAACGACGUCGUCGCGCUCGUCGACGUCGAGAAGUCGGCCGCCAACCGCCGCAAGAGCAUGGCUGCGCCGUCGACCGACGCGCGCGGUCCCUCGGGCCCGCCGACUUACGCCGACCUCGCCGUCGUCGGCGCGUGCAAGAGCCUCAUCCACCGCCUCUACACGAACGACUCGCACAUCCUGUCGGAGCAGAUCGACGAGCUGCAGCACAUGGUGCGACAGCAGGAGGAGGCCAUUCGCCAAGGGCAGGUCCCGCCCAUCUUCCGCACGUGGACGACCGCCAGCGAGGAGGCCAAGAACGUCAUCAAGACCCAGCUCGGCCAGAUCAAGCUGCACUACCUCUUGGCGUCACAGCUCGAGUUCACCUCGGCCCGCUCGACCAACUUUGGCCAGAUCGUCGACGCCAUGGAGCAGAGCUUUGUCGACAUCAAGCACGACCGUGCGCUGCUCGCCCGCUCCGAGGUCGCGACCGUCAUCCCGGAUCUCGAGGCGCGCCAUAUCGCUCUGCAUGCCGAGCUCGAGGCCGAGCGCCAACUCGACGCGCAGCUGUCGGCCAUGGCGCCAGAGGACGUCGAGUUCCGCGAGAGCCUGCUCGCCGACUCGGAGGAGCAAGAAGAGCAGCUCAACGGCAACGCCGCCAAGGGCAUCCCCGGCCAGCGCCCCGAGCUCGACCGCAUCAAGCAGCACCUCAUCAGCUACGAGGACACGUUCGACAAGUACUCGACCGAGGAGGCCCGCCUCGCCGACGAGAUCUCCAUGCUCGAGGAGCUGCGCCGCGACAAGCGCUCCAAGGCCGACCUCGUCCGCCUGCGCGCCGACUUUGACGCGCUCCAGCACCUCCAGGGUUGGACCCUCGUGCGGUUCGACCCGACCGAGGUCGAGAUGCGGUGCGGCGACGACUUUGUCGUCCGGCUCGGGUUCGAGAAGGAGGGCACGCUCGCCGUCAUCGAGGCGCCGUGCGAGAUGGUGCCGCUCCCGAUGAAGAUGGCGGGCUCGUUGAGCGCCCAGGUGACGAUGGCGCUCCUCGCGUUCGUCAACGAGGACCUCGAGCACAAGCUGGCCAAGCGCAGCAUCGACGCGAGGGUCCUCCUCCGCUACAUCGGCGCCCGCGCCACCAUGAUGCGCCACGUCCGCCAGGAGAUCGUCCUCGCCUCGCUCCGGUACCCGACGACCCUCGCCCUCGCCAACCCCAGCGUUCCCUCGUCGACGCCGACGCUCCACCUUGACGUCUUCUGCGCAACGUCGCGCCGCGGCUUUGUCGUCGCCGUCCCGCUGUCGGGCGACAUGCUCGUCGAGGCGCACGAGCCCGAGAAGUGGGCCGCCGAGAGCGCGAGCGCGGCCGUCGACGCCCGGUUCGGGUUCGUCAAGGGCGGCAGCGUCAACGCGCUCGCGCUCGCGCAGACGAUCAACGACCGCCUGUCGGCCGGGUACGGCAGGAGCGCGCUCCUCGACGCCGUCGCCGCCGCCGAGGAGGAGGCCGACCGGGCCUGA